CUACAAAACUAGGUGCAGUGCAACUUAUGAACUGAUUCACUGUGGUUACAAAACUGGGUGCAGUGACACUUAUGGACUGAUUCACUGUGGCUACAAAACUGGGUGCAGUGCAACUUAUGAACUGAUUUACUGUAGCUACAAAACUGGGUGCAGUGCAACUUAUGAACUGAUUCACUGUGGUUACAAAACUGGGUGCAGUGAAACUUAUGAACUGAAUCACUGUGGCUACAAAACUGGGUGCAGUGACACUUAUGGACUGAUUCACUGUGGCUAUAAAACUGGGUGCAGUGAAACUUAUGAACUUAUUCACUGUGGCUACAAAACUGGGUGCAGUGCAACUUAUGGACUGAUUCACUGUGGCUACAAACCUCGUGGUAGUGAAACUUAUGGACUGAGUCACUGUGGCAACAAAACUGGGUGCAGUGCAACUUAUGGACUGAGUCACUGUGGCAACAAAACUGGGUGCAGUGCAACUUAUGGAUUGAGUCACUGUGGCAACAAAACUUAG